AUGAGCCUGCUGUCGGCCAUCGACACGAGCGCCUCGGUGUACCAGCCGGCCCAGCUGCUCAACUGGGUCUACCUGUCGCUGCAGGACACGCACCAGGCGAGCGCCUUCGAUGCCUUCCGGCCCGAGCCGCCCGCCGGCGCUGCGCCCCCAGAGCUGGCCUUCGGCAAGGGCCGCCCGGAGCAGCUGGGCUCGCCCCUGCACUCCAGCUAUCUCAACAGCUUCUUCCAGCUGCAGCGCGGAGAGGCACUGAGCAGCAGCGUGUACAAAAGCGCCUCGCCUUAUGGCUCCCUCAACAACAUCGCCGACGGCCUCAGCUCCCUCACCGAGCACUUCUCGGACCUGACCCUCACCUCCGAGACCCGAAAGCCCAGCAAGAGGCCCCCGCCCAACUACCUGUGCCACCUGUGCUUCAACAAAGGACACUACAUCAAGGACUGCCCCCAGGCACGCCCCAAAGGUGAGGGCCUGACCCCAUACCAGGGCAAAAAGCGCUGCUUCGGCGAGUACAAGUGCCCCAAGUGCAAGAGAAAAUGGAUGAGCGGGAACUCCUGGGCCAACAUGGGGCAGGAGUGCAUCAAGUGCCACAUCAACGUGUACCCGCACAAGCAGAGGCCCCUGGAGAAGCCCGAUGGCCUGGACGUGUCUGACCAGAGCAAGGAGCACCCGCAGCACCUGUGCGAGAAGUGCAAAGUGCUGGGCUACUACUGCCGCCGAGUGCAAUGACUGCCAUCCACACCGCCACCCUCCUCCGGCCAGAGAAGACCCACCCCCCACGUCUGUCCAUGUUGCUGCGUGUUCCCAUGUGCGUGGGGGUGUCCUCACGGGCAUGAGGGUCUGGGCAGGGGUCUUAGGUUCUUGUCUCAUGCAUGUUGACAAACAGUGUUACUGACAUAGCUGCCCCGCAGAAGGCCCGGUCUCUGGGACUCUAUAGGUGGGCCUGGGGUCUGUGGAGGGGAUGGGGUGAGCAGAGGUCCAUGCACAGGACCCCACAAAGCCCUUGGGGUCCCCCGCUGGCUCUCCUCCUCUAAGACUCCCUUUGGUGAGCAGCCUUGUAUUGGCCACAAGUGCACUAAAUUUACUGUGAAUCCCAAAGUCUGUACGGGGUUGUUUCCCCAAGACCAGCCAGGAUGCCUUCUCCUGCCCAUGGCCCCCGGUCUGCCCGUGUGCAAAGCCACACUCAGAAAGGCCCGUUUCUAUGUCCCGUUUAAGUCUGCGGUAAUGGCGGGCUGAUACCUGUUCUAGCAGCUGCUGGGAGUGGGUGUCUCUGCCCCUUACCCACUCUGAGCCCCAAACUUGAUCGCCUCUGAUGUCACUGGUAUUGCAGCCGGGUUCUGCAUCCCCCCUCCCCAAAGACCCAGAGGUCAGGGACAGGAGGCAGUAAAUGUCCGACAGUGUCCCAAGGUGUGACCCAGACAUCGCCUCCCCCACCCACCAUCACACACUUUUCCCACUUGCUUGGAUUUGUCAGCUGCAUUCCCUCCCCUUCUCCUUUACCUCCCACCCACGGUCCUUCCCCGAUCGAGGUUUUAGGGCCCAUGUGGAAGCCACUCUGGCAAGAAGGACACAGGCCUGGCGGUCUGGAGACCUAGGUUCAAAUGCUGGCCCUGCCGCUGACAAACUACAGAACUUGGGGAGGGCUUCUCAUCUCUGGGCCUCAGCUUCCCCACUAGUUCAGUGAGAGUGACACUAGAGAGCAGAGAGGCCCAGUUCACUUCUGAUCUGGAAUUCAGCCUGGCUGGGCGCCACCUCCUGGAGCGCAGGGCUGAAUUUGGAGAGUGUCACCAGGUCCCAUACUCACACCAUCACCCAUCAGUGGGCCACUUAAGUCAAGCUGAAGGAUGCAGUCCUCCCUGUGCCCCCUGCAGUCCCAGCUCUGCCUGUCAUCUCCCACCCCUGCAGAAGUGAAGGAGAAGGACCCCCUCCACCUCACACGGGGGAACCCCAAGCCACGCUGCAGAACCUGUUUGUGAACCCGGGACAAUGCUUUCCUACCUCCUGAGGGAGCAGGAGGCCUCUGGGCUCCUCACGUUGGUCAGGGAGACUGUCCUGGCAGGUGGGAGGGAUCGAGUCCUCUCCCCUGUCCCAGGGAGGAGCCCUGUUUUUAUUGUCAUACCAUUCUUCCUUUCUCCCAGGGACAGGGAGGAAACUGGUUGUCAGGACUGAGUCACUUGAUUCUGCCCCAACAUUAUGCCUCUGUG